GAGACAAAGUCCCCAAUUUUGACUACCAUUCCUUGAAAAUUUCUUCAUAUUCUUUGAAAAGUCCCCAACUGCCUCCUUAUUAUGUUCUCUGGUGAAGGAAAUCUCAUAAUUUUCUACUGAGAAAAAGGGUUCAAAAGCCAGCCUUUAGACAAAGGUGGAGAUUGGCCACAACAUAGCAAGGAAAAAUGGGAGGACUUGGCUGCAGCGUCGAUGGAAACUUGAAUGACCAGAAGUUCAGCACACCUAUGCCGUGGAUUGGCUUAUACAUAGCAGCAGCAUCAGCAGUAUGCGUUGUUGCCAUGGCUGCAGACAUCAUCAACGGCCUGCGCUAUAGAAAACUCUGGUUCCCUUGCAGAUUCUUCUCCAUAAACGCCACUUCCCUCACCUUGAUAGCAGCUGCAGUCAAGCUCUCUGUGGAUCUAAACACCUCCAUGCCUAGCCGAGGCGACCAGCUUGCCAAGCUCAGCAGCACAGUCUUUGUCUGCACAGUAAUGGGUAACUCUAUGCCUUCUCUUGGAACCAUGGGAAAUGAAGAAAUAUUCAUGAACAUCAUGGCUUUAGGGAUACUAGUUAUUACCCUUAUUGUCAAUAUUUGCAUACAAUUAGCUACUGGGGCAAUCUUUAUCUUUUGGAAAGAACAUGCUUGUGUGAUGUUUAUCAUGCUUGUUUUGCUACUCCUCUUGAGUUUUUCUGCUAUAACAGUUCCAACCACUAAGCGUUAUCUAGAAUACAAGUACAGCAAAAAGUAUGAAUUAGUUCUUAAAGAAGCUCCAAGUGAGCACAAUUUUACAUUGGUUAGUAAACUGAGAGAGAAUCUGAGCAAGUAUUGGAUGAUGUCAUAUAGCUCUAGCCCUCAGUUUGUGAUGGGCCGGUCAGUGACCUGCACUGCUUCUGGGGCCUUCUGUCUGUUGAGUGCUGCAAUUUUGGGAGAAGCCAUGGUUAGAUCUUUCUUCAUGCCUGGGUUGUUAAAGUUUUGUGGUGGUCAAUCUGAUUACAAAUGGUCAACCACUCUAGUUCUUGUAACACAGACUAUUGCAGUAGGAGUUGGUACCAUUGCCCCAGCUUGCAGAUGGUUAUUUGCCAUUCGUUUCAGGUGUCCAUAUAGGGGAAACAAAGCCAGCAAAAAGGAAUUCAAAGUAGAAAACUACUGGAUCCAGAGUCUAGAAGAAAUGAAAGAGGUUCCCUUAACUUCUAAAAUAUUUAAGCUCCAAAACAGGCAUGGCAGGAGAAUUGUUCAUGAUGCCAAAAACCGAGUCUUGGACUUGUGUAUCGCAAUGCAGAAGGGAAUUGUUUCGGUGAGCAAGUGGAUUCGAUUCAUUUCCAUUUUCUCUGCAAGCUACAUCUUGUUGUGCUGUGACUUGUGUAGACAUUUGAAGAGGAAGUUUUCGUUGAGUAACUCUGUGUCUAGCUGUGUGGAAUCAGAACAAGACUCCCAAAGGGACACCAAAUUGAACCUCAGCCGCUUUGUUUUGCAUCUCGAAGGUGAGGAAGCACUUGUUGAUCUAAUGGUCUCACACAAUUGUGAUGCUACUAAGUACUGGUUUCAGCUGGGGAGAAAACAGCAACCUCAAAAUCUGACAAAACUGUUGGAGAAAUCUUCACAAGGCUUUAAAGCAUUGGCUUAUUUUGACAGUGAGCAAGUUCCUAGCUUGGGAUAUGAAAGGCCUCCCAAUAGUUGGGCCAUGCCUGUGGUGACACUGACAAGUAUUGCCUUGGCACUUCCAAACAUCGACCCCAGCUCAAUCAGAAACUUGAGAAGUGGAGUGAAUGAAGGCCUUAACUAUGUGACAAACGUGGAGAAAUACUUGGUCACAAAAGCUGAUAAGACCAACAUCAAGAAGGCUGCAGCAGCCACUUGGACAGAAGUUGAGCUCUAUCACAAAUGGCUUGGAGUUGAUCUCAGAAAAAUGUCACUUACUCAAGAGCUAAGCCCAAAUGAAGUGCUUGAACAACUAUCCCAGAUUGCAAAAAACAAGUUUUCGGAAUAUGAGAAGCUAAACGAGGCUCGUUCCUGCUUAAAGGACAAUCCUUUGAAAUGGCCUUACAAGUUAUUAGCUGCAAAUUCCAUGUACAGAAUUAGCAAAUCUCUUCUGCUAAACUACGAAAGAAGUGACCGAACAUCAGAGAAGCUAUUUGAAGCUAUCACAGUGAUGAUCUCUGAUAUACUUGGUGCUUGUAUGACCAACUUACAAGAAGCUAUAUCAAUCAAGUGUGUGAGCACCGCCAUAGAAAAGAGAGAAGAAAGUGUAAGGCAAGCAGUUUUUGUUCUUGGAAAGUUUGAAGAGAUUAUAAAGAUUAUAGAGCUCAAAGAAGUUCCAAACUUGGUGGAAACUCAUCAGAAGGGAUGCAUAGACGAGUGGCGUUUAUCACAGUUGGAAAAGGGGUCGUGGGGAUUACUACAGAAUGACACCCAAAAAUCUGCUUCAAAUGAUGUCUACAUAGCCAUGGAGGACUAGACCAGAGAGCUUAUACAAUUGAGUAGUAGUGAUAAUACAUGUUAUGAGAUUAUUAUGUCUUAGGUUGAAAUUAUAUAUCUUAAAAGGGUUCUGUAAUAAUCUUAAAUAGUCACAGAACGAUGUAAAUAUUUAUAACAGUUUUAUGAUUAACAAUGACAUUAUAAUGAGUUUUU